GGGACCAAAGACGCCACCGUCUUCGUUGUCCAUCGUAAACAAGGAGACCAAGAUCCCCAACUUCAAAUAGCCACGAUUCAAUCCAAACACCCCAUAAUCGAUUCAUCAGAAGACCUCCUCGAUCGGCUAAUUCAACCCACGAAGAACAAUGUCUACACUCGCAGCUGCUAGAGCAGAUAACUUUUACUAUCCGCCGGAAUGGACUCCCAAUCAGGGCUCUUUGAACAAGUUCAACGGCCAGCAUGCUCUGAGGGAGAGAGCGCGGAAGCUCGAUCAGGGAAUCUUGAUCAUAAGAUUCGAGAUGCCCUAUAAUAUCUGGUGUGGUGGGUGCAAUUCUAUGAUUGCAAAGGGUGUUCGGUUCAAUGCUGAGAAAAAGCAAGUAGGAAACUAUUAUUCGACAAAGAUAUGGAGCUUUUCCAUGAAGGCUGCAUGUUGCAAACAGGAGAUUGUUAUUCAGACAGAUCCGAAGAAUUGUCAGUAUGUAAUUAUUAGUGGGGCUCAGCAAAAGACUGAGGAUUUUGAUAUUGAGGAUGCAGAAACCUUUGCGCUUCCUGCAGAAGAAGAAAAAGGUAUGCUCGCUGAUCCGUUUUACCGUCUUGAACAUCAAGAAGAAGAUUUGCAAAAGAAGAAAGAAGCUGAGCCAGUGCUCGUCCGCUUGCAGAGAAUUUCUGACAACAGGCAUUCAGAUGAUUAUGCCCGAAACAAGGCUCUCAGGGCCAAACUUAGAUCCCAAAAGAAAAGAGUUGCGGAAGAAGAGGCUGCUUCACGAAGAAUGGGUCUCCAUAUACGACUUCUUCCAGCGGCAGAAGAGGAUUCUGCCACUGCAUCAAGGAUGAAGUUUGCUGCCAAAUUUGACAGAAAUAGGAAGGACAAGCGAGCUUUGAUUAAUGCUUCUUCAAUCUUUCCUGGGUCAUCUGGGACUUCAAAGAAAGCCUUGGAACUGGAAGCCAAGAGAAGGAAAAUAAGUGCUGCAGCAGCAUCUAGCUUACUUGCUGGGCGAGUCAAGCCUUCAUCGUGGUCUCAGAAUUCUGUUACUUCAAGCAGGCACAAUGGCACUGCGGUCAAAGUGAGACGCUUUUAGCUUUCAAAAUUUUUAUGGUUGUUUCCGGAUAAGUCUGAGAAGAGAUCUUCGGGUACACACAAGAAGUCAUGAAAUUACUCCCUUUGAAGCUGUCUUGUAGAUCUCCAGAUUUGAAUUCCACUUCUGAAUUGCCGGAGUACAUUCGUUUCCUUCAUAGUUUGAAAAUAAGUAUAUCCCGCUGUUGAGUGUACGAGUGUAUUUGUCUGCUGUACAGAAUCAUGUUUAAAUAUUGAAAUGAUGGGGUGAUAGAUCCUUUGAUGCA